AAAUGGCAGAAGCAGAAAAAUCAAAGAAGAAAUGUAGACAAUAUAGUGUGGAGUAUCUGAAGUAUGGAUUUAUACCAGCAUCAUCAAACCAGCAGCUGCCACAGUGCCUAAUAUGUGGGAAAGUAUUUUCUAAUGAGGCAAUGAAGCCUUCUAGACUGAACGAACAUUUGAAGAAGGCACAUCCUGACAAGGCAGACAAGAAUCUGACUUUUUUUCAAUCACUUCGUGACAAAUUUCAAAAGCGCCCAACACUGUCUCAUAUGUUUUCUAAUGCUUCCCAACCAAACACUGAUGGUUUGUGUGCAUCAUACAACAUUUCAUUGCUGAUUGCUAAGUCUGGAAAGCCACAUACUAUUGGUGAAGAACUCAUCCUACCAGCCAUUAGUGAGGUUCUGAGUACUGUUUUGCAUAAGUCACCACAUGAUAUAAUUAAGACAAUUCCUCUCAGCAACAAUUCAGUUCAAAGAUGCAUAGAUGAAAUGGCUGAGAAUGUAGAAGAUAUAUUGUGCAGCAUACUACGGACAACAGACUUUGCAUUACAGCUGGAUGAAUCAACUUUGCCAGGCAAUGAAUCUUUGCUUCUUGCUUAUGUGCGCUUUAUUAAAGACAAAAGUUUGACUCAAGAGUUGUUCUUUGCAAAGCAACUAAAUACAGAUACUAAAGGGGAGUCAAUAUUUCAUGUUGUUGAGCAGUUCUUCAAAGACAAGGAAAUUCCACUAACCAACAUACUUGCUUGUGCAACUGAUGGAGCACCAUCAAUGACUGGUCGUUACUGUGGGUAUGUUGCUUACUUGAAAAAAGCAGUGCCAAAUGUCUUUACCAUUCACUGUGUCAUUCAUCGCCAACAUCUGGUUGCAAAAAACCUCAGUGAUCGCUUGAACAAGUCAUUACACACUGUCAUUACUGCAGUGAACAAAAUUAAAGUACAUGCUCUCAAUGAUCGACUAUUCCGAGAGCUCUGUGUUGAGAAUGAUGAAGAUUUUGAUCGUUUGCUGCUUCAUACAGAAGUUCAUUGGCUAUUAAAAGGCAACUGUUUGAGACGCUUUUACAAUCACCCAAAAUAA